AUAAAUAGAGGCUUGACACACCAAAAUACUCAUUAAGAAAAAGUAUAAGAAAAUUCUUGGAGAGAAAAAUGGGCUCCAAGACAAUUACUUUUUGCAUUUUCUUGGCUGUAGUUCUUCUGAUUACAUCAAAAGCGACAGCAGAUCAUCAGUAUUGGCCAGGACCUGGAGGUUGGUGGCCUGGCUAUCCAGGAGGCUAUCCAGGAGGCUAUCCUGGAGGCUAUCCAGGAGGCUAUCCAGGAGGCUAUCCUGGAGGAUAUCCAGGAGGCUAUCCUGGAGGCUAUCCAGGAGGCUAUCCUGGAGGUGGAGGUUAUCCUGCAGGCUAUACAAAAGGAGGUUCUUCCGGAGGUGGAGGAGGCAGCAAAAAUGCUGGUGGAAUGAGGGAUGCACAACCUUAAAUUAAGCCUCCAUGCUGAAUCUAGCUCGACAAAGUGUAGCAUUUACGCGUUAUAUAUACAACUUCGUGGAUGAAUAUGAUGCCAAUAAAUAUGUAAAUUUAGUAGUGGUUUGUGAGUGUAAUGUUGUAUAAUGUUUGCUGUCUUAAUUAUGUAAUGUGCACUAGCAUAUAUUGAAUAAUGAUGAAGUUAAAUAUGUUGGAGUA